AUGCUGUUGACAAAACUUAAAGCGGAACUGAAUUGCCCAGUGUGUCAAGUGACCUUUCAACAACCGUUGCUGUUACCAUGCGGUCAUUCUGUGUGUACAGCUUGUGCAAACAAAUUGUGGUUCUCUCGCGAAACUGUGCGAUGGUCUGCGAAAACCACCCCUGUAGACAGUGCGCGUUGUACAAGUUCUGGAACUGGCAGUUACACAGAAGAUGCUGUGAGUGAAGCCGAUUCUGGUGUGGUUGUCGGUUGUGGGGGUGAUAGCAACGGAAGUUUGAAUAACGCUCAAUUGUUACCCGCUCCUUUGGCACAAUCACCAGGUUUGAACUCGUUCGGACGGGAGCCUUGUCCGGUAUGCGCUUCUGUGCCUCGACUACCGAUUGAUGUGAUCAAUGCAACAGCCACAACAAAUACGAUAGACCUAGCACAGAAUUGGUGGCCCAGAAAUGUCGCGCUGGAAAAACUGAUCGUUCGACUCACGGAAUCCACGGCAGAUACAGUUGGGAAUGGGGACAGAACCGCAGAAAUGCGUUCACACAAAUUGACCAAAGGAGUCCUGUGUCAAACUAACGGUGUACACAACCGUAUCCAAUGUCAACUUUGUUCCGCCGGCCCGGAGCGAAUUCCGGGCGACGCAGUGUCUUUUUGUGAUCAGUGUCAGCUUCUCUAUUGUGCUUCAUGCCAGUCAAAAUGGCAUCCCCCGAUCGGGACUUUGGCCGGACAUAAAUUAACCCUAGCACAACAUGUGACCUCACAAACGCUCACUAAAUUGUGUCAGCUAACCGCGAGCGGAGUACAAUGCUCGGAACACGUGGGCCAGACGUGUCACCUGUUCUGCACGAACUGUACCACUCUGUUGUGCACGCUAUGUCUCACACCCCGGAAUUGCAUCGAUUCCCUGCCAGCCACCGGUCAUGCCCAAACUCCAAUCGGCACCUGUCCUAUGCCCUAUACUGACACCAAUCUGGCACGUGGGUCACCUGUGCCACAUGCCGGUCAUGUGAUAUGCUCGGCCACUAGUCAGGUGAAACGGCAAAAGGUGAGUCAUCCAUCGGGGGUGGGGUGGGGUGGUGCCGAAAUGCAGUAA